AUGGCUUCAAGCUCGAGGAAUUCUGUGGCCAUGCCCAAACCACUUGCUGCUAAUCACAGCUUCCCCCAAGAUCAGCUGUCGCAAAUCGAGCAGCUUGAGAAUGAACUCAAGAAGGUCGUUGGUGCGACAGCUGCUCUGAGGGCAGGCGCUCCUCCUGGGAAGGAUUCAGCUACCAUGGCUGGCUAUGAUCCCGUAAAACGGAACAAGUCUGUAGCCAUUCUCAAGGAGAUCGAUGUCACCAAUGAUAGAAUCAAUCGCUAUCAAGGUGACAUUGGACUUACUAAGAAGGCAAUCAUAGCUGGCCAGAGUACAACUCUGACAGGCGUUGAUCUGCAAGAUAAAGAAGCUCAAAGAAGAGCAUCUGAAAGAGUGGUGGAGUACGUCACAGGGUCAAGUGAAAACACCCGAGUGUUUUAUGGCGGAUUGGGUGUUCCUGUCACCCCUGCGACGAAUGAAACUGCACAAAAGGCCCUGAGGGAACUGGCGAUUCCCAACACGAAUCCGCCAGCCCAAAGGUCCGAUCCAGCGAAGGAGAUUGCUGGUCUUAAAAAGGCAAUGGAUGAAAAUCACCACCUGAUCACUAAAUACAAGAAAGAGCGUGAUUGGUGCAAAAAGGCCUUGGAGACAAGCAAAAAGGAGAUCGCGAAGUUAACCCAGACGUCUGACCAGCAAUCUCGGGAUCUCUUCAAGGCCAAGCGAGACCUUGAAAAGGCCACAAGAGAAUAUCCGCAAUUGGAUCGAGACCUGGCGAAGCGAAACGAGUCGAGCCUCAAAUCUCAAGUCAUUAAAGCCCAGAUGAUGGCUGAAGAUGCGGAGAAGCGAGCUCAGACGGCCGAAGAUGGGAAACGUGACCUAGAGAGCAGGUACAACGCGGCCAAAGCCAGUCUCAAAGCACUCGGCUCUUCCCACCUCUACCGGGGUAAUCAGAUUAAACUGUUGACGAAAGAAUCUGAAGAUCUCAAAAAUGGCCUGGAAGAUUAUAAAACGCGUGCUGAGGCUGGCCAGGCUGAAAUUGGCCGGCUACGGUCAGAAUUGGAAUCCAGUCGCGAUGACCAUCUCAUUGAAUUGGGACGUCUUCAGACUGCGAAGAAUGAACUUGAUAAGAGGGUCCAAGAAGUCUCUGACAAGCUUCUUGAAACCCAGAUCGAUCAUUCAAAUGUCUCUGCGAGCCUCAUCUCUGCAAAUGAGAAGGUUAGCAAAGUGACAGGGGAGUAUGAAGCUCUUCAGCUCACUGCUGAGGGAUACAUACGUGACCUUGAAAGGAAGAAUCAGAGAAUCUCAGAGCUUGAAAAGGCUUCUGACGAAAAAGAUGCCUCCAUCAAGGUGCGUGAAGAAACCAUCAACACGCAGAUCCAGUCGACCUCCACAUUCUUACGACAUCUUUCGUCGAAUGUGGAGUCUGAUACCUGGAAACGUGUUGCAGAGAGAGUACUAGUUGACUCGGCAAGUACUUCUUUUACCUCGGCUGAGUGGCAACCAUGGGUUAUCUUUCCGUCCUGGUCUGGAGAUGUGUCUCUUGUGACCUGGGAAGAUACUCGUGGUCCUGAAGCUGUUGCUCUCAACCUACUUGUCAUCUUGAAAGACAAGUCUGUAGAUACGAAAGACUUGUUGGCUUUACUUCAUCACCUGCAGAAGGCGAUGGAGGAGCUCAAGUCGAUGGUAACUUCCAUCGCGCAGCUACUUCUUGAAGCGUUGGGCGGGGCGGUUGGUGACUCUCGAUUGCAUCUGAUGCACCGUUUUGCCAUGUGUCAGAUAGUAAGUCUCUUGGGAUCCACCGGUGAAGUCCAACAGUUUAUGCAGGCGAUGGAUGCUGCUGAUCCCAGAAUCCAGCGUCUUUUCAAUGCCCUAGGAGCAUAUCGUCUCGACAACUCUGUCUUCCCGAUGGAGGAGGCGAUAAGCUACCCUGGCGUAGCACUUGUCGGUUUCAACAGAGACCCUCAGGGAGUUAUUGCUGUCAGUCCAUCUGACAAUGGUAUUUGCUGGAUUGAUAGCACCAAUAUCAGAACCGAAUUCACUCUGUUGAAGAUCGUUUCUGGGAAGGGUGCUAGUAUCGAACUGCCUCUCGAUACAGUCGAGAGGCUUGAUUGGGCCAUGACGCAUGCAUGA